AUGGCGAUAUCUGGCUGUUUAUUCGUUAUUUUUACACAAUUCCUACUUUAUUUGAAACUAACAUAUUGCAUGGAGGUAGAUUUCUGCAUACCUGUUCGCCUGAAUCAUAAAAAGCCUGGAGUGUAUUUGCACCGGCGAGCAGAGCAGAUGAAUGAAGAUGAGAUUGUGUUUAGACUUAGCGCAUUCAAAGAAGAUUUUUACCUAAAUCUGUCUCCAGAUUCUAGUUUCAUUGCAUCCGGCAGUCUCCCACCCCAGAUCAACUCCACGGCAUCCAGCGCCUUUGCAGCCGCUGAAUUCAGGGAAUGCUUCUACUCCGGUGAUGUUAACGCAGACCCGGACUCCUUUGCUGCGCUAAGCCUGUGCAAAGGUCUGCAGGGGGGAUUCUCUUAUAACGGCAUGGAGUAUUUCAUUAGCCAGACCGAGACUGAAGAUGCAGCACCCGCUUCUGUGCAUGGAAACUCCUUCGACAGGACACAUAUCAUUCGCCGCCGGAGACGCGCUGCGCACUCAGUUGGAAACUUCACCAGCAGGUGUGGAGUUCCACCUGACACCAACUUCACCGUCUCCCUGGAGAAAUACAAGUACAUGAGCGAACUGGCGAUUGAUGGCUUAACUGAAACUGUGCUGAAUACCUUGGGGAGGUCUAAAAGGUUCGCCGCCAUCCCCAGAUUUGUGGAGGUGCUGGUUGUGGCAGAUGAAUCUAUGGCUAAAUUUCACGGGGACGACCUAAAGCAUUACCUCCUGACCCUCAUGUCAGUAGCAGCCAGGCUUUACAAGCACCCCAGCAUUCUCAACUCCAUAAACAUAGUGGUGGUGGGCUUCAUGGUGAUAAAUGACGAUGACAAGGGACCUAAGGUUUCCAGUAAUGCUGCCCUGACUCUGCGCAACUUCUGCUCCUGGCAGAAGAAGUUAAAUAAACACACUGACAAGCACCCAGAGUACUGGGACACAGCCAUUCUGUUCACUAAACAGGAUCUUUGUGGGGCUACAACCUGUGAUACACUGGGGAUGGCUGAUGUUGGGACCAUGUGUGACCCAAAGAGGAGCUGCUCGGUCAUUGAGGAUGAUGGGUUACCCUCUGCUUUCACAACUGCUCAUGAACUUGGCCACGUUUUCAACAUGCCCCACGACAAUGUGAAGGCAUGUGAGGAGGUAUUUGGGAAACUAAAGGACAACCACAUGAUGUCUCCCACGCUGAUUCAGAUAGACAGGAGCCGACCCUGGUCUGUUUGCAGUGCAGCCAUCAUUACCGAGUUCCUGGACAGAGGUCAUGGAGACUGUUUGCUGGACCAGCCUCAAAAGCAGCUGACUCUGCCGGACAACCUGCCCGGCUCGAGCUACAGCCUGCACCGUCAGUGUGAGCUUGCAUUUGGCCCCGGCUCCAAACCCUGCCCUUACAUGCAGCCCUGCUCCAAGCUGUGGUGCACAGGAAAGGCCCGAGGGCAGCUGAUUUGCCAAACCCGACACUUCCCCUGGGCGGAUGGCACAAGCUGUGGUAACGGCAAGGUUUGCUACCAAGGGGCUUGCACUGAGAAGAACAGCACUGUGCACAUGAAGGUCGAUGGUCAGUGGGGGAAGUGGGGUUCAUUUGGUGACUGCUCCAGAAGCUGUGGUGGAGGAGUUCAGCUGGCCAAAAGAGAGUGCAAUUACCCUGUCCCUGAGAACGGAGGCAAAUACUGCUAUGGACUUCGUGUCAAAUACCGUUCCUGUAACCUCAACCCGUGUCCUGACACAGGUAAAACUUUCCGUGAGGAGCAGUGCGAGGCAUUCAAUGGCUUAAACCUGAACACCAACAGGCUGGGCUCUUCUGUGGUUUGGGUUCCCAAAUAUUCAGGCAUCUCUCCCAAGGACAAAUGCAAACUCAUCUGCCGUGUCAACGGGACUGGAUACUUCUAUAUGCUUGCUCCAAAGGUUGUGGAUGGGACACCCUGUUCCCCGGACACGUCAUCUGUGUGUGUUCAAGGAAAAUGCAUCAAGGCAGGCUGCGAUGGCAAGCUGGACUCUAGCAAGAAGUUUGAUAAGUGUGGUGUGUGUGGUGGGGACAACCAGGGCUGCAAGAAGGUCUCAGGAUUGUUCACCAAGCCAGUUCAUGGCUACAACUUUGUGGUGAUGCUCCCUGUUGGGGCCUCCAAUAUUGACAUCCGUCAACGUGGCUACCGAGGAAUGGUCAGUGAUGAAAACUACUUAGCAGUGAAGAACCGCUAUGGCAGUUACCUCCUGAAUGGUAACUACGUGGUGUCAGCUGUGGAGCGUGACCUGCUGGUGAAAGGCAGUCUGCUGCACUACAGUGGAACCUCCACAUCUGUGGAAAUUAUUCAGGCUACCAGACCCCUGCAGGAACCUUUGACUGUGGAGGUGCUCUCUGUAGGGAAGAUGACCCCUCCCAGGGUACGCUACUCCUUCUAUAUCACUAAGGAGAGCAAGGAAGAGAAGACUCUGUGGAAAGAAGAGAAAAGUCGCAAAUCACAGAACAACGUCUUGGCUAACAGCAACAAAAUUGAAUCUAAGAAGCAGGUGAUGGGAAAGAAGCCUAUAAGUCACUGGGUGACAAGUGGAUGGGAUUCAUGCACAGUGACUUGUGGCAAUGGUCUGCAGAAGAGGCUGGUACAGUGCCAGAGUGUGGAUGGACGUCCUGCAGUGGACUGUGAUGGCGCUGACAGGCCUGUGGCAGUAAGAGCAUGUGGAGAUCCAUGUCCCAUGUGGGAUGUUGGGACCUGGUCUCAUUGCUCCAGGUCCUGUGGAAGGGGCUUUACAAGGCGAUCAGUGCGCUGUAUUACUGAAAAUGGUCUGAAUCUGCCCAGAGACCACUGCUCUGGAAGAAGAAAGCCUCAGGAGCUGGACCUGUGCAACCUAAAGCCAUGUUAG